AUGGAGAUGAGGGGCGCCACGGCUACAACUACAGGCCAUUUAAGCGGCAGUAAUUCCGUCUCCAAGACCGCCAAUGGUAACUCAGAACACAGAUUCGAGUCUGUCGGGGCUCUCUGGCAAGCCGUUGUGCUCGAUCUGGAAAGAGCUAUCGAACAGGGAUUUACAUCUCAUGACCCAAAUGUCGUGUUAGUGGCCACUCGGUAA